AUGAUGUCACGCUUUAGUGUGUGGGGAAACUCCCUCCUGCAAAAACUAUUAUCCUCAAAGAAUGUCUCCACCGUCCCAUCUUUUGUUAGUCUGCCACGAGACACACUUAUCGAGGAAGAGACUCUGCCUUACUAUAAACCUGAGCAGUACUAUGCGGUCAACAUUGGGGACGUAUAUAAUGCCAGAUAUCAGAUCGCCGGAAAACUUGGUUAUGGGGCUUACUCAACGAAUUGGCUUUGUCAGGACCUUCAGGUAUUGAAAGUGUCCACAAUGAUACCAGAAUUUCCUACGGCAACUGAACGCGAGUUGAAGAUUUACGAGCACUUGUCCCAGGUCGAUUCUAUUCAUCCGGACCUAAAAACGGACAAUUUGAUGCUCACUUUGGAAGACGACACCAUGUUGGCGGACUUCGCAAAAGCAGAAGCCAAGGAUCCUAGCCCUCAGAAGCAAGUUGACCGGUCCCGUACCAUUUACAGGAGCCGGAGAUUUCUCCGGCCUCUUAAGGGCAAUAGCUACGGACUUCCCAUUCUCUGUGAUUUUGGGGAGGCGCGAAUUGGUAAGACACAGGAGUCCGGCCCGUUUGUCCAACCCCAUAUCUACCGGGCGCCAGAGAUUAUCUUCGAAAUGCCUUGGGGAAGCGCCGUCGAUAUUUGGAACGUAGCAUGUUUGGUAACAAAAACGAUUGCUGCGCUCUUUCCCUGGUCGUGUAUACGACGCUUACGACUUACGCGUAUGGCUGCUCUAAUAGGGCCACCACCGAGCGACUUUGUGAACCGUAGUGAGACAACAGACCAAUGUUUUGACUCAAAUGGCGCUUGGAUUGCCCACAAGGAUACAGCCAUACCCUCAAUCUCCCUGGAGAGCAUAGAGAAGCGACUCUCUGGACAAGAAAAAGAAUCAUUUAUUCAAUUCCUCAAAUCCAUGCUCAAGUGGCUGCCAGAGGAACGCAAAACAGCGGCCCAAUUACUUGAAGACCCAUGGUUGCUCUGA